GUCGACAACCUUGAGAGACAUUUUUACUGCUCAAGUACUAUUUACCUUUUUUUAUGACAGUGACACGAUAUUAUAGAUUAAGGUAUAUGAGAAAUCUUGACUGAGUAUAUAUUAUCUUAGUGAUUAGUUACGAAAUGUGAUUGACCCGAAUUCAGUCACUUGUUUGAUGAUGAAAGAGUAAUGUUUAGAGUAUGUAAGUCAAACGAUUAUGUCACACAACUUGCGAAUUGCCGCGCAGGUGAGACAUUCGAGACUGACGGCACACUAGAGACGCCAAUCGACUGGAUGCCAGGGCUAAGAGACAUGCGACUAUACGACCUCCCUUACUCCACACGCACCACCUCGCCGGACGAGAUCCUGCUCAACUGCCUCCGCGACGAGACGCAGGAGUGCGUCAGGGCGGCGGCCAUCAUCAUGAACACGUUCCACGACUUCGAGCAGGAGGUCCUGGACGCAAUCAAGGCCAUCAACCCAAACGUCUACUGCAUCGGCCCGCUGAACCUCCUCGAAGCCCGCGUCCCGGCCGACGACACCUCGAGAGACUUGACCGUCAGCCUGUGGAAGGAAGACCCGAGGUGCUUCGAGUGGCUCGACAAGCAGAAGCCGGGGUCCGUCGUCUACGUCAACUACGGCAGCAUCGCCAAGAUGUCGGAGGGGCAGUUCCGGGAAUUCGCCUGGGGGCUAGCCACUUGCGGGCAUCCGUUUAUAUGGGUCGUCAGGACUGACGUCAUGAGGGCGAACGCUGCCGUUUUGACGGAGGACUAUUAUAAGGAGAUUGAGGACAGGGCGUUGAUUGUGACUUGGUGCCAGCAGGAGCAAGUGCUGGCUCAUGAAGGCGUGGGGCUGUUUUUCACUCACGCCGGCUGGAACUCGACGCUGGAGACGGUGAUCGCUGGGAAGCCGGUGAUCUGCUGGCCGUUUAUCGCGGAGCAGUCGACGAAUUCGAGGUACUUGUGUAAGGUUUGGGAUGUGGGUGUGGAGGCUAGCCAUCAUGUUACGAGGGGGGAGAUUGUGGAGCUGAUUAAGGAGAUGUUGGAGAGUGAGAGGGGGAAGGAGAGGCACAGCAAGGCUUUGGAGUGGAAGGAAAAGGCCGUGGCUGCGGCGGAAGUUGGUGGGUCGUCGUACAAGGACUUUGAUCGUUUGAUUGCUGAGGUUUUUCACCAUUAAUGAUUGAUCGAUUGAAAAAAUGAUGGAGGGAGUGGUAUGUUGAGUUUUUGUUAAUUUUUUGGUUAAGUUAAUUGCAUCAGAAUAAAUGUCCCCUGUUGUUGAAAUCUUCACUUUGACUAGUUGUGUACUCAAUUGUUGAUGACAUCACUUAUGAGUCAUCGUACAAGGAUUUGUAUGUGGCGUUUUGUACUUUUUUUUUGGUGAUGGAAUAAAUGUUACCUGCCGUUGGCAUGAAGCUCCGCUUUGAACUGCUUGUUUACUCAACUACUUAAUCACAAACUUACUUCACUUGUGGCUUCAAGUAAAUGACACUGGUUCAA